AUGAGAGAUAUUUUAGCGAUCACAAAUGAGUUUAAUGAAUCUUUACAAAAGAAAGAACAAGAUAUUGCAAAUGACAUUCUACUUGUUAAAGUGGUGAAGAAACGAGUGCAAGAUUUAAGGAAUGAAGGAUGUGAUUCACUUAUCGAGAAUGUGUCUGCAUUUUGUGUCAAGUAUGAUAUUUCGAUACCUAAUUUUGAUGAGUUCUAUGUUAAUUUUGAAAGAUCUCGACGUAAAGUUGAUGAGUAUACUAUCUCACAUCACUAUCGUAUGAAAGUAUUUUUUAAGAUUAUUGAUUGGCAGCUUCAAGAACUCAAUGAUCGUUUUAAUGAGGUUAGAACAUAUUUGCUUAUUGGAGUUGCUCGCUUGAAUCCAGUUGACUCAUUUUCUAGUUUUAACAUCAAGAACAUAUUGAGAAUGACUGAAUUAUAUCCUGAUGAUUUUGCUAAAAAUGUAAUGGUUACUCUUAGGAAUCAGCUAGCUUAUAUAGUUGAUGUCUGUGAUGUUGAUAAAAGGUUCUCCAACUUAAAAGGGCUUGGCGAUAUUUCUGAAAUGCUAGUUAAGGUAAAGAAGCAUUUAAAUUAUCCUCUUGUGUUUCGCCUUAUAAAAUUUGUGUUGCUCCUGCCAAUUGCUACUGCUACAGUUGAAAGAGCUUUCUCGGCAAUGAAGUUGAUCAAGAGUGAAUUGUGA